AUGAGGAAAUCUAUAAGCAUUAUAAAGGUCAACACUUUUAACCAUUUAUCAUGGGUUCUGGUCAUCGUAGCCGUAUUUUGGAGCUGGCAACUCAAUGUUUUGGGUCAUGAAACCUGCACCAAUGAGCAGCGAUACGAAAACCAGGUGAUGUGCGAAGGCAAGGACUUCGGUUGCUUGGUUCCAUAUCCGGAUAACUGCAGUAUGUUCUUAGUUUGCGAUUGUCUAUAUCCCACGGUGAAGUUGUGUCCGGCACAUUUAUGGUGGGACAAUAAGACGCAGCUAUGCAAUUACCCUCAAGCCGUGGACUGUGUUUACUAUUCGAUUGAGACACCCGAACCGACAGAUGGAACUACACAAAUUACGCCAGGAUCAAGCACUGAAAGGACUUCCACUACCGCGGAGACUUCGACUACUCCAUCAAGUAACUGGCCAACACCUAGCUGGGAUCCGCCACCAGCACCGCCUGGAAUUUCAGAUGAUUAUUGCCGGGAUAAGAAGGAUGGCACUUUGCAUCGAUAUCCCUAUGACUGUCAGGCCUAUAUAAACUGUACCAAUAGUUGGCCAGUGCUAAACUAUUGUGAUCCCGAUAAAGUCUUCAAUGAUCUCCUGAAAAUCUGCGAUACUCCCGAGGUAGCGGAUUGCGAGGAGUUGCCUCUACCAAGUUCGACCACUGAGUUCACAUCCAUUUCAACCACUGAGAUGACAACUAUUUCAACCACUACAAUGACACCCACUUCAACCACCGAAGAGGAUGUGGUUUGCGGUCCACCUCCAGAGGAUAUUGCGGCGGAUUACUGUGAUUAUUUGGGAAAUGGUUUCUAUGAGUAUCCCUACAAUUGCAGUGGAUACUUGUCCUGCCGAAAUGGUUGCACUGAUCUGGAUUAUUGUCAGCCAGACAAGCUCUUCAAUAGUUGGUUGCAUAUCUGCGAUACUCCCGAUUCAGUGCAAUGCAAUCCAAUUCCUUAUCCAACAACACCAGGAAGUACGGAAAAACCAACUACACUUACAACUCCAACCACAAUCAGUACCACAACAACGGAAGGAAGUGACAGCACCGAAUCCUCAACUCCGACAACAACAGCAGAGAUCCCAACAACUACACCUGGACUUCCCGCCGAUGUUAAUCCGAAUGAAUGCAAAGGUUUGCCCGAUGGCACCAUUAUCGCUUAUGCUGGAAACUGUUCGCAGUAUUUGAUCUGUAAAGAUAAUAAAGUGGAGAUGGGUGAAUGCCCUCCCACGUUGCUCUUCAAUCCCGAUUGGCUUGUGUGUGAUGAGCCAGGUGAUUUUAUAUGUCUGGGAGAUCGCACCACGACCACACCGAUUCCAACUACAACCACUGAGGAAACUACUCCAACUCCUACGACAACCACCACAAAAGCCACGACUCUGGGACCCAAUGAACUCUGUGAGGGUCAGCCAUUAGGUACUUCGUAUGCAUAUCCCGAAGAUUGCAGGAAAUAUUACUUAUGCAUGGGCAGUGGAGAUGAAUGGUUACUUGCAAGCUGUAUAUAUGGAAGUUACUUUGAUCCAACCACCGGAGAAUGUGGACCCAAUGUUUCACCUGUUGCCUGCAAGGGUGUAGAAACUACAACUUCCACAACCACUGUGACACCAACAACAACUGAAACGAUAACCUCUCCAAAACCAACAACUUCGGAACCAUGGACUACCCAAAAGAUAUCUACAACCACUGAGGCUCCUGCGACAGGUGUUUGUGCUGGUCGAAAUGAGAACGAGAAUAUAGCUUAUCCCAAGAAUUGCAACAAGUAUAUCGUUUGCGUUUCACCCAUACCCAUUGCCUUCUAUUGCCCCGACGAGACUUUCUUUAGUUCAGAGUCUGGAAAAUGCAUUGAAAGCUGGACUGAGAGUGACUGCGAGGGAGAUCAGAGCACAACUACUCCAGAGCCCGGCAUUACGAGACCACCGCCUGAGCCCACAAUGUGCACGAACAGCACCCGGGAUACAUUCCCAUAUCCAGAGAACUGUCAGUGGUUUAUCCGUUGCGUGGACGAUUAUAUUUACAUGAUGGACGUUUGCAACUGCGGGGAAUAUUAUGAUCCCAUUACGGGAAAGUGUGGAGCAGAUGUGCCAUCUGAUGCUUGUCGCUGGGAUUACACAUCAACUACUUCAACCACCGAAGAGCCAACCACAAGCUCACCGGUCACAAGACCGCCUCCGCAAAAGGGACCCUGUGACGGUGUAGAUGAUGGUGCAUUGGUGCCAUAUCCCAACGAUUGCUCAAAGUACAUCCAAUGUAGUCGCCCGAUUGCAGUGGCCUUUGAUUGCGGCGAGGGAGAUGAAUUCAGUUCGGCUCUAAAGAAGUGUGUAGAUGCUUCACUGGCCAAUUGUUCUGUUACCACCACCGCUAAGCCAUCAGAAACGAGUACGACUCCAAGUGGUGGGGAACCUACGUCUACUUCUGGAGAAUCAACUACGGCUUAUCCUUCUACACCUACAAGAGAGUCUUCAACUGUAUCUUCUACAGAGUUAACCACGGAAUCAACAGCUGCACCAUCCACAGUAACACCAACGGAAUCAACUACACUUUCAACAACUAAACCAUCUACAGUGUCUUCCACUGAAAGUCCAAUAGAAACCAGUACAUUGCCGACCACUGAAUUCUCAACCACGUCUUCCACUGAAAAACCAACAGAAUCCACUACAAUUUCUACGACUUACGAACCGGAAUCUACGUCUACUACCACUGCAAAGCCUGGCGAUGGAGUUUGUGAUGGCAAGACGGAUGACUCUUUGGUGCCUUAUCCCAGAAAUUGUAGCAAGUACAUAAUAUGUCAAUAUCCUAUACCCGUUGGCUUUGACUGCCCAACAGGCUUGGAGUUUAGUCCCACGGAAUUGAAUUGCAUGGAUCCCGAACUAGCUGGUUGUAGCACGAAGUUAACAACAACACAAGAACCAUCAACUGCAGCAUCUACAACACCAACUACAACCGAGUCAACUACUGCAAAGACAACAUCUGAGUCGACAACAGUAUCAACAACAACCGAGACAACUACUGCAAAGACAACAUCCGAUUCAACAACGGUUUCAACCACUUCAGAGACUACAACAGAAUCAACCACAGUUCCUACAACUCCCAGAACAACAUCCGAACCAACAACAGUUUCGACAACAACCGAAUUAACAACUCCAAAGACAACGUCUGAAUCGACAACAGUAUCAACAACAGCUUCAACCACUCCCAAAACAACAUCCGAACCAACAACAGAUUCAACGACAACCGAUCCAACAACUCCAAAGACAACUUCUGAGUCGACAACAGUUUCAACAACAACCCAAUCAACAACCGUUUCUACAACUGCGGUGCCACCAAUAACUCUUGAUCCUUAUACCCCAAAUAUUUGUUGUGGCCAACCAUUGGGAACCCUGCUUCCCUAUCCAAACGAUUGCAGUCGAUAUGUUGUCUGUGACUAUCCCAUUCCAUAUGCCGUGGAUUGUGAUGGGGGUACAGUCUUUGAUGAUAAAUUGCUUCAGUGCACAGCAACACCCAAUGAGAGGUGCCUUAUGAUGUCAUUAUAA